CGCCCGGCACCAGUUCCUCUCAUGUCGGGAGUGCGCACGGCUGGAGAGUGACGGGUGCGCGGCACCUGCGGCGGCUCGCUAAUAAAGAACAAGAAAAGCUCCAAGAGGGGGACCAAAACCAAAUGACCAAAAAAAAAAAAAAAAUUACCUGGAGACAGCGCGCUAUGCAGGGACUAUAAGGCAACAUUGAUUUGAGGAAGAUUGCCCAUUUAACUUCUAUUAUGAGUGGAAAGUCAUUGCUUCUGAAAGUUAUUUUGUUAGGCGAUGGUGGAGUUGGUAAAAGUUCUUUGAUGAAUAGGUAUGUUACCAACAAAUUUGACUCCCAGUCCUUCCACACCAUUGGUGUUGAGUUUUUGAACCGGGAUUUGGAAGUAGAUGGACGAUUUGUGACACUCCAGAUUUGGGACACAGCUGGGCAAGAACGCUUCAAGAGCCUCCGGACACCUUUCUAUCGUGGGGCUGAUUGCUGUCUUCUUACCUUUAGUGUGGAUGACCACCAAAGUUUUGAGAAUCUGGGGUGCUGGAAGAAAGAAUUCAUCCGCUAUUCUGAUGUAAAGGAUCCUGAGCACUUUCCUUUUGUUAUCUUAGGGAACAAAGUAGAUAAGGUGGAACGCCAGGUGACAACAGAGGAGGCCCAUGCAUGGUGCAAAGAGAAUGGUGAUUAUCCUUACUUUGAAACUAGUGCUAAGGAUGACACAAAUGUAGAUAUUGCAUUUGAGCAGGCAGUGAAACAAGUUUUAGCUGUUGAAGAACAACUUGAGCACUCAAUUUUGGGAAAUACAAUUGAUCUUCAUGGCAACAGAAAACCUUCCUCAUCAUUAUGCUGCUGAGGUAGCAGACAUUUAACACAAUGGCAUCCAGACACAAACUAAUUCUCUCCGCUUCUAUAUAAAUAGCUUUGCUUACCUUCUGAAGAAAAGGGCAACAUAAAUUAACAAGCUAAUCUUUGCAGUAUUGUGUUCUAUCACCUGACUCUUUCUACUACCAGAGUGCUGCAGCAGUUCAAGUUGGAAGACAUAUCCUACAACUGCCAAUCUUACUGGAAAUCAUCUUGCUGCCUGCUGCAUGUUGAUUUUUGCAUCCUUCCUCUCGCAGUCCUCCAGAAUGUGGUUGUGACCUCGUUUACUUCCUUUAUUAAAGAGGAGUAGGUUGCGUGUUUUCAGUGAAAGGGAAAGUUCUUGUCCCAUUCCUAACAUUUAGUUUAAUCUCUCUGACAAUAUAGGUGUCCUUACAGGCAGUUAGUUAGUGGUCCUCAAACUGUAAGCCUGUAACUGCAACAAACACAAUAGUGCAACCUAAAAAAUACAAAUAUAGAAUGUUCUAAAGCAUAUUUUUAGUCUUUUUAAAGGCACUUUUGGGAGUUCACUGUACUUGAUUCUUUAGGUUUACAUUAUGCUUGUAUUUUUUUUUUUUUUAGCCUUGUUUUGAUCACAAAUGGUUUUUAUAUUAAAUACCUGAAAAUAAAACUGGCUAAAAUAAAUGCCAAGUCAAAAUGUGCGUUGCUUCCACCAGUAACUGUUCCCUAAACAAAUUUGUUUGAACUUCCCUUUUUUUUUUUUUUUACAGUGCUUAAUUUUGCUGUCUUGGCGACAGAAUAAUACAACUGCAAUACGUUGUUUAUUAAAUUUUAGUAAGCAUUUGUAUUUUUAAAAUAAAGGCACAUUGGCUGUUAAGAGGAAAGAAUUAGCUUAGUUUAUGGACUUAAAUUCUUAAAACCUUAAUUUUUUAAAUUGAUUUUAGGGAAUGGAUUUAGUUGAACUAAAUUUGAAGCUGAAUGAGAAAUAUAAAACCGUACAUUUAAAAAAUUUUGAUUACAGCAUCUUUGCUAAUAUACUUUAAAAUAAUAUUAGUUCUACGGCACCUUUCCCAUAUGUAAAGUGCUUAAUAUUUACUAAGGUACGAGAUAACCUGAUGGCUUUUUAACAUUUUGUUAUCUCUCAGCGUGGUGGUCAAGUUAUAAGGGAAACCUAGGCAUAACUGUCAAGUGCAAUUUAUUUUGGCAAGUGACUACAUACUGUACAAAAGGGUAGCAUUCAAUCUGAAGGUACAUUUCAAGUGCAGAGGAUAUGUUUUACAAUUUGUGUUUGCUCUGUGUUUACUCAUUUUUCAGAAUUGUAAUGAAUCAAAUUUUGUUACUCUCUGAAUAGAAUAAUCAUUUCUUGUUGGUCCUUAUUGAGGUCACUGUCUUGGAUGAUGAAUAUAAAAUGCUUUCAUUAAUUUAUUUUUUUUUACAUUUUGGUACUUCAUUCCCAUUACAGCAUUAUCUUCCAUUAUACUGCUGCUAGUUUUUUUUUUUUUUAAUGUGCUUUUAUGCUAACUAGCAUAUUUCAGGUCAUUGUGAUUCUAUAGAUACCUCUUACACUAGCCCUACUUACUAAAAAUGAAUUUAAACGUACGUAAAUAAGCAAAUCAUAGUUAUGACGGGUUCUUUUAUGGUUUAAAAUGAAUCAGUUUUUCCUACUGGGUUUGCAUUAGUAAAGCUAGACUUGUAAAGGGGGAGUACUAUCUUAGUUCAGGCAUCAAGAAAGUAUUUAUGGCUGUUAUAAGCUAGGGUGGGACAGAAGCAUGUAGAAUAGACAUUCAUGUAUUGACGUUUAAAUGAUGACUUACUGUAAUAUUAUUUAACCAUGUAAUGUUUCAUUUUUUGCUUUGCUGACAUGAGAUACAGAUGUGGAUUGAAUAGGUCACAUUUUUCUUUGUGCUACAAUCACUAGGAAUACACAGUACUAAUAACAAUCCUGCUUUGUUUUACUUUUUGUGUCUUUCAUUUGAUACAAUUGGUCUCAAGGCUGCAUUUUGUGCUCAUGUAUUAGCCCAAGAAUGACUGGAUCAAGGUAUUGAUUUCAUAUAGAAAGGUACUGUAAUUGCACUGGAAAUGUUUUAUUCAGUUGUUACAUUUUUCUUAAACUGUUCUGUUUGACAUAUUUAAAUGUGUUAUGUGUAGUUCCCAGGAUCUUAUUUUUGUUACUAUUUUUUGCAGAAUUGUGGGUGUACAUACACAAGCGCACAUGUUGACACACCCCAACCCUCUUAAAGACUGGUACGAGAAUCUGCAGAAUGGUUUCUGACUUUUUUUGUUUUAAAAGUUUUAAGGAGGUAAUUUUAGGGGUUAUGUGCUUUUUAGUAAUGGGUAUGUUCUACUGUUUAUAAAUACACUCUUUGUAAAACGUUUAACUGUUACAGUAUUUCAUGUAAGUAAAUAUUGUCUCUGUGUUAAAUACUUUAAUACAAAGCAGUCUGUAGACAUGCUAGCAAAUAAACAAAGUAUUGCUGUUAGUGUAAGCUCAUUCUUUUGCACUAAAUAUGCUCUUACCUAACAGUAGAUGUGUUAAAAAUGCAGAACAAUAAAAAUAAAUGGUUAUUACUUGAAAGAUGUUAUGAUUUUAUUUUUGAGGCUGAUCAGAAGGGGUGGACUUGUAUAGAAUUUUAAAUGCAAGUUGUUAAAGUAAACUCAUCAUACUUAAACUAGAAAAACUGAUACACCUCUAUAUACACACACACAGUCUGAAGACUGGCCAAUUCAGCAACAAGGCAGAUUUCCUAACAAAAGAUUCUAAUUUUAAAGAAAAAAAAAAAAUCACCUUUUCAACUAUUUAUAUACUUUAAUUAGUAACAUUUAUUCUUUUUAUGGUAAUCUUUUUCUCCCAGCUACAGUAAGUAACAUUUUUUUUCUAAUCAAUUUAUAAUCAGUCGCUUAUAUACAUUACAAAUUAAAAACAAAAA